GUCGUCGUCGUCAACACCACCACCAUCAUUAUCAUCAUCUCUAUCACCACCACAACCACGAAUACUCCUGCUACAUUGUCGACACCUCCACCACCUUCUACUGCUAUUUCUAGCGCCUCCACUAGUGUCCGUUCUUCAUUAACAUCAUCACCAUCAUCGUCAUCACCACCAAUUCCAUCACCCACACGUACACCAUCACCACCACCACCACCAUCACAACACCACCAACAACAACAACAACGCGAUCGUCAGCACCAGCACCAUUACAGCCAUCGUCUGCAAUAACAACACCAUCAUCGAGUGUAUAGCAUUGGUUCACGGAUUCAUCCGAACUUGUUUUUAGACGCGCGAAAUCCGGGAACAGGAAAUAAACUCUCGCUUUCAUAACAGCAACAACAACAGGACUAGCGGUAACAACUCAUAACAGCGACAUUAAGAAGAAGAAUAAUGAACAGGCACGACAACAACAAUAACAAUAACAAUAACAACAUCGGUACUGCUGCUAAUAACUUAAAAACUAAAAGAGCGAUGCAGAUAUGAAUCGAUUGCCAAAGUUUUCUAUCAACUUCGCUAACAACUCGACUUCAACGACAACAUUACGAAGAAGCUGUGCAAAAAUAACAACAACAACAGCACCGCUUACACCACUAACAACAACAACAACACAGUACAAUUACGACGACGACUGUAGGAUUUCGAACGAAAGGCAGGAGAAUUAAAUUUAUUUCUUUAUUGCCCACAGGGGGCUAAACAUAGAGGGGACAAACAAGGACAGACAAAGGGAUUAAGUCGAUUACAUCGACCUCAGUGCGUAACUGGUACUUAUUUAAUCGACCCCGAAAGGAUGAAAGGCAAAGUCGGCGAUUGUUAAAACAUUCUAUCGAUACACCGUUGAGGAUGUAUAAAGCGUAUAUCUUAUCUAAAACAAAUAUUUACAUAUUCGCACGCGCACACACUGAUAUUUAAAGCAAACCACCAAAUAUAGAAGCAUACAUAUAUAUAUAUAUACAAACAGAUAAGUAUAUAUACACACAUUGGUAAGUAUAUAUGCACACAUGCACACGUGUAUAUAUAUAUAUAUCGACCAGUGCUCCGGAAUCUUUUUUCAUUCGCGUUACACUCAUUUUUUUCUCGAAAUUCGGCAUAACACCGAAUAUAACAAAAAAUAGAGGGGAAAAAAUUAUAUUCGGAUUAAACACCAGUGUGCCGCGUCAUACCGGUUGCGGAGCACUAAAUAGACCAUUUAUAUACAAGCACACAUAAUUGCAUAUACCUGGAUAGAUAGAUAAAUAGAUAGAUACACGAAACAUUGUCCAUAUAUAUAUGUGUAUACAAAAGCAAUCACGCUUAUCUACCUCUCCGGAAUAAUCUCUGCUUGACUCAUUAAAGUUCCUUUGGUGUAUUUUGACAAACAUACAUACCCAUACAUACAUACAUACAUACAUACAUACUUACCUACAUACAUACACACGCACAUACACACACGUUGUUCAUAUACGCAUACAUAAAUACCUGUAUAUGUAUACACAUAUAUAUAUUCAUACAACAUACAUACAUUCAAGCAUAUAUUAUAAAUAACUACAUACCCAUACAUACAUACAUACAUACAUACAUACAUACACACACACGUUGUUCAUAUAUGCAUACAUAAAUACCUGUAUAUGUAUACACAUAUAUAUAUUCAUACAACAUACGUACAUUCAAGCUUAUAUUACAAAUAACUACAUACCCAUACAUGUAUACAUAAAUGUACACAUUCUUACACACACUCACUCUCUCCCGUCUUCACUCACUCACACACACACGUAUGUACAGACAAAGACACCUACAAUAUCACCACCGACAACAACAACACCAACAACAGUAAUAUCAACUACCUUUUUAAACGCAAAAAGCAACUGAGCUGUUGUAAACUUUGCCAACGUCGAUAACAUAAGCGUGUGGCGUUUUCUGUAUAACACCAAGAACAGCAACCAGUAACAACAUUAGAAAUAACAGCAACUCCACUUGUGACACCAUCAUCAUCGUCAUCAUCAUCGUCGUCGUCAUCGUCAACAAAUAAAAAUACAACAACAGCAACUACAAAACGAGGACAACACGUUCAGCAUCUUCAUCACCACUAUCACAAACAACAGCAAUAACCAAAUCAUAAAUACGGGAACAAGUUGUUUGUUUAUGUUUCGACGAUCAUAACUUUUUGUAAAAAUGAAUCGAAACCCUCUCACGCCAUUAUUAUCACACUCGUCUUCGUCCUCUCCUUCAUCUUCAUACUCAUUAUCAUUAUCAUCAUCAUCAUCAUCACCAUCAUCAUCGUUAUUAUUUUCAUUAUCAGCAUCAGCAUCAGCAUCCUCGUCAUCAUCUCUGAACAACACUUUAAGCGAACUGAACGAUUCCCUGGUAAAACCCUUUUUUCUGUCAGUGGCAAACAGCAGCGCCCUUCCCGAACUCGGACCGCGAGACAGAGAACCAGCCGAAAGAGGGAUCGUGAGUUUAGGCGGGAUUAUUGCCACCAGCCUCAUGUUUUUCAUUAUCGGAGCAACAGGAUUUUUCGGUAAUCUCUUGGUCAUUUACUCUGUAAUUAGUGACCGUAAAAUGAGAUCCUCCGUGACUAAUUUAUUAAUUACGAAUUUAGCACUUGCUGACCUUUCAACUUUGAUUUCUGGAGUGCCGGAUAUCGUACUGUUUAUUCUGAACCGUGGAUGGCUACUGGGUGAAAUACCAUGUAAACUUCAUCGUUUCGCUAUGGUCACUAGUUUAUAUGUGUCCGUACUUUCAUUGUGCGCCGUGUGCAUCGAAAGGUACAUUGGAAUUAUUCACCCGUUUGAAGCACAUAUUGUGUGUAACCGGAGACGUAUCAUCUGUGUGAUAUGCAUAGUGUGGUUCAUAUCUUUGGUGACGGGUUUACCACCGCUUCUCUUCAAUACGGUGAUGCAUGACAAGUCAAAGGAUUCAGUUGGUUUCUGUCGCAUGCGAUUUCCAACAAAUUCCUUUCUUUAUUUCAUGAUUUAUAAAUUUGGAGAGUUUUUCUUGUAUUAUUUCGCUCCCUUACUUUUACAAAUGGUUCUUUAUUGUAUCAUUACAAAACAAUUGUUUCUUGGUAGUGAACAUCUACACAGGCCUGUUGUAAUGACUUGGACGGAAACCGGAAGUCGAACCGAGCGCUCUUCUGAUGCACUUCAAGCGCGAAAGGGAGUUGUGAAAAUGCUUAUCAUAAGUGUAUUGGUCUAUUUUAUCAGUUACUCACCCAUCGAGAUUAUGCUGUUCUAUAAAAUGAUAUCGCCUCAUGCGUUCAAAGACCACUGGUCUUACCACGUAAUUGCCAUUGUUAUCGCUUAUGUCAAUUCGUCCGCUAACCCGAUACUCUACAGCAUCUUCAGCCAGAAUUUCCGUCGACGUUUCAAUGCCAUACUAUGCGGCCAUGAAGAGAAAAACCGACACAUGACAGCUACCUCAACAAAUUCCCGCAUGUGGCGCCUCACAAGUCUCAGGUCAGCUACAACAGAAGUGUGACGGACAGUUCUCGUCCUUGUUAUUGUACAUUCUAAUUUUUGAUUCCUUAAAUGUAUUUUCAUUUCAUUUUGGGGUUAUUCUUUUUUAUUUAAUUUAACGAAUACCUAGCUUUGUAGGGUGUGUGUGUGCGUGAGAGAUAGACAGACACUCAGACAGACAGACAGAGAAACAGAAACAGAGAGAUUUGUUUCAUAUUUAUAUGAUAGCUCAGUGGUUAGAGCGUGGGGCUCACAAUCAUGAGGUAGUAAGUUCGAUUCCCGGACCGGGUUGUGUUCUGUUUUCUUGAGCAAGACACUUCAUUUCACACUGCUCCAGUUCACUCAGCUGCAGGAAUGAAUUGCGACGUCACAGGUGCCAAGCUGUAUCAGCCUCUGUCUUUCUCUUGGAUAACGUCGGUGGCGUGAAGAGGGGAAGCUGGUAUACAUAGGCGACUACCGGACUUGUGCCUCGAAGGGUAACUUUCUAGGUGCAAUCCCAUGGUCAUUCAUGACCGAAGGAGAUCUUUUAUAUGACUUAGUCAAGAGGAGGGAAAAAAAGCAAAUGAAAUUUUUCACGGGAUGGAGCGCUCCGAUAAUGGUAGAUCGUAGUUCGAUCUUCAGACAAAAGAACGAGUAUGGGUUAUUGCCAAAGAGAAAAUUCUGCAAAAAGCUUUCGGUAGCCGGCUCAUCGUUUUUAAACGGAUUAUGGAUUUAGUCUACAACUCAAUUAUAGAAGUCUCGUCUAACAAAUUUCACUCACAAGCAUUUUUGGUCAAGCUGAAAGUAUGAAAGAAU